UGCUGUCAAUGAACUGUCAAAAAUUGCGAGCAAAAGGGGAAAAAAAUUCACGAGAUCGUGAUUAGUGUCCGGCAAAAUCGUGUGAAAAUUUAUAAUUUUCACGCCAUGGAUUUCCUCCAAAAUCGGCUCAGUUGUAAAAUAAACCUGUGGCUUUUGGUGCUGCUUACUUUCCUCCACUCAACCAGCGGAUUGUACGAGGACCAAAUAGGUAAAUUCGACUGGCGGCAGCAUUAUGUGGGUAAAAUUAGGUUCGGAGGAUUCGAUUCCAGCUCGCUGGAUCGAAUAAUCGUUGCCACAGAGAGCAAUGCCCUGGCGGCGAUUAGUGCCAAAAGCGGCGAGAUCCUCUGGCGGCAAGUGCUGGAGAAAAGCCCCCGAGGUGACAUCAAACUUCUUCACGUUCCCAAUCAGGGAAAUGGAGUUCAAUCGAGUAGUAGUCGGUACAAUCGGGCAUUUGAUGUGAUCACCGUAACCGGAGUAAACCCUGCGUUGGUUCGUGGUUGGAACUCGAACACUGGCAGUCUGGAAUGGGAGUGGUCUCUGCUGCCAAAUGCUCCAGAGAAGGCUGAAAAUGCGAUUUGGUUUUUUAACGAAGGCAAUUUGUACCACGUAGUUCCCGUGUGGGGAUCUCACCUCGAAAUAACGGAAUACAUUGCCGCAUCCGGGCAGCAGACUAAGCCGAGCACGAGUCGUAUUUCCGCUGCAUGGAUCAAGGAAGGAAAAUGUACCUUAGCAGCUCAGUUCUUCGCUUGCGCUAUCGAACAGCAAGUUUUGGCGAUUGAUCUACUGGCGGAAAAUGCUCAGAUUAUUGCCAAGUCUUUGGAAGCAUCUGCUUCCGGAACACCUCGAGCAGUACCGGGAGAGGCAGCCAUCACCCAAGACGGUCGCUUGUAUUCGCUAAAUUCUGACUUGAAAGCGCCUCUCGGUGCGGAAGGAUCCGUUUUGGUUGAUGACACCAUUUUGGAAGGCGAACAAAUUUUACUGCACAGCACCGUCGACAGAGAGAGAAACAUGUUCAAGCUUUCGGCGAAGAAACUAGCCGAUAACACCCCAUACGAGGCUAUCGAAUUUAUUACCGACUAUCCGGAAACAUUGGGCACUCCCGAUCUGGUAGCAGUGCGAUGCAAAACCACCAGCGGAGCAGGAUCCCGCGGUCAGCUCGCUUGUCGAUUGCUGAUUUCCAGCGAGGACGGUGCGUUGACCCUCAUCCAGCAAAGCAAGAUCAAGUGGACGCGAGAGGAGGCUUUGGCCGAUGUGGAGACGGCUGACUUUUUGGACUUGACGCUGUCCGAUGCCGAAGGUGCCAUCGAGGAGGAGCUCAACAACAAGAACGGGGACGUUUUCGGUGCCUUACAACGUCGUAUAACCAGCCAGAUUAGUCACGUCAAGAAUCUCGUACUGCACGUCCUUGGACUGGGACCGGCGCCAUCCAAGGCCCAGAAAGCAGGUCUCGUUCGCGACGAUUUCGGACUGCACAAAAUGCUCGUCGUAGUGACCAGUACGGGAAAAGUGUUCGGCAUCGAUAACAUCAGUGGCAAACAGCAUUGGAUUCGGUACCUGCCGGAAAUGAUCGGGUUCGCCAAUGAACAAAGUAUGAAGCUAUUGGUUCAGAGGACAUCUCGUUUCUACCCACUCAGCGCACAGUGCGUCAUUGUCGGACGACACCGCGAUACGAAAAAUGGUUUUAUUUACCAGUUCAAUCCUAUUACCGGUCAACCCGUGAACGGUGGAAUUGUUCAGUUGUCAUACAAAAUUCGACAGGCUUCUCUUUUGCACGAAACUGGACCGGACUUCCUAAGAGGCCUCCUGCUUCUGGAUGAGAACAACGAAGCUCACGUGUUGCCAGAAAGCUCGGCGAAGUAUGUUAGCAAUUUCUACAUGUUUAGUGCUGAUCGCGAAUCAGCGACGAUCGAGGGACAUCUAGUUGAAUUCAGGAAUGGAAAAUUGAGCACCGUUCCGACAUGGACCGUGAACCUUAGUGGCACUGGCAGGAGCCAACAGAUCAUCGCAAUCGAAGGCAAAAACCCAAUCGAACACGUUCACUCCCAGGGACGUGUUUUGGUCGAUCGCUCUGUGCUUUACAAGUACAUCAAUCCGAACUUGAUUGCCGUGGCUACCCAUGGACCGGACAAUAUCCAUAAGUACAUCCUGAACGUGCAUCUUUUGGACGUCGUUUCCGGCUCUAUCGUAUUUUCGAUGUCCCACAAGAGAAUCCGACCACCGCUCCAGAUGGUGCACUCGGAAAAUUGGCUCGUCUAUUCGUACUACAACGAAAAAGUGCGACGAACGGAAGUCACGUCCGUCGAGCUGUACGAAGGGAAAACGCAAACCAAUAGCACAGUUUGGAGUUCCCUGGAUGCUCCGCCAAUGCCGUUGGUCGAACGGCAAUCGUACGUUUUGCCAGUAUCAGUUGCCACAAUGAAGGAAACCAUCACCGAAAAAGGAAUUACCAACAAGCAUAUUCUGUUUGCCCUCACCACAGGGGCCGUGGUUGAAAUGUCCUGGGCGUUGUUGGAUCCUCGGCGACCGGUUACGUCACCGGAAAAGGCCCGGGAGGAAGGUAUCAUUCCAUACAUGCCCGAGCUGCCAAUGCCUCAUGAGAUCAUUAUCAACUACAACCAAACGAUUGCAAACAUCAAGGGAAUUCAUACGGCCCCGUCCGGGUUGGAAAGUUCCUGUCUGGUGUUCGUGCACGGCUUGGACAUCUUCGUCACUCGCGUAGCACCCUCAAAGACGUUCGAUCUUCUCAAGGAAGAUUUCGACUACUUUUUGAUCGCUGUGGUACUGAUUCUCCUGACCAGUACGUCCUACGUUGUGAAACUCUUUGCCUCUAAGAAGGCCAUCAAACAAGCGUGGAAGUAGGUAAGUAAGUGUUAGAUCGUCAGAUUUCAGGGUGUCGAAGGUGUACAUUUCUGUAUGUUCUGAUUACAUCUUGGUAGAAGCAUUUUCUAUUCGCGUUAUUCUGUUUUAUUUAUGUUUCGGUUGUUGAGCGCACUCGCUAUUGCAUAUAGGAAGGAAUGUAUCAAGGAGUUCAAGCAACAUGUAUGUAGAAUAAUUUCUCGUCCCACCCACAACGUAAAACCAUUCUCCUAGUUCGAUUUGUCAUUACCAUUCUCAUCUGUACGGCAUUUAUACAAGCGAUAGUGCGUUUUUGUAGAAAGCAGUAUAGAUAAUAGCUCACAACUGGACGGUUCGACCCUAAGGCGACUAGAGGUUAGUUGUUUUAAGGAUUCGAUUUGACCAAAAAAUAUACAUUCGGGUAAAUUA